AUGUCUGCUCAUGAAGAUAAAGUAAAAACUGGCAGUCCCCAGGCCAGCUCUGCUUCAUUCCUGCAGCUCCCAGAUUGUACUGGAGGUUACAGUAAUAUAUCUGUAAUGGUGGAGGGUACCAGAGACCCACCUGACCCACCUGACUGUGCUGCUGCAUGUCCUGUCCCAGGCACUGCAGCCUCACCUAAACACACCAGCACGACUGACGCGUUUUCUCACUCAGAUAAUGCUGGAGAAAGAGCCAGAGGGAACGAGAAUAACAUCAAUCGCAGGAACAGCUUUCAUCAUUCCAAACAACAGCAACAAACAAAGCUAGCAAAACGGCGCAACACAGCAAGCUCUAGUUUCAAGCAUCCAUCAUCUGGUAAGAGGAGACGAAGGGCGAACUCUGAGAGUGACUCCGUCCUGCCAACCAACUUCCUUUUAGGUGGGAACAUUUUUGACCCCCUGAAUCUCAACAGCCUGCUGGAUGAGGAUGUCAAUAGGGCACUGAAUGCAGAGACACCCAAAUCCUCCCCUCUUCCAGCAAAGAGUCGAGACCCAGUGGAGAUCCUUAUACCCAGGGACAUCACGGAUCCACUGAACCUUAACAGUGGUAUAGCAGACAGCAGCUUUUUAGUGUCCUCCUAUAGGAGCAGUGGCAGGAAGAGACACCGCAACAGACACCAUGGGGGAGGGGGAAGUGGAGGUGGUAUUUCCUCCACACAGAUCAAUCUCUCAGAAUCAGGAAAAGGUGAGGUUACAUCUGGCAGCUCCAUACUGCUUCCAGGUACAUUGGCCUCAUGUUCUGCACUAGAUCUCUCCAAAGACUCAGACAGUUUCUCCAGUACCACAAAGGAAUCCCAUGAGCAUUCAACUAACAAUUCUGCCAACUCUAAGGAAGAAAUGACAUCUGCAUCUAUUGAGGAUUCCACUUCCUCCAUAUUGGGAGGACCAAACCAUCAUACAAGCAGACGCAAGCGCAGGCGCAACUCUGGCAAAAUGGAGCCUCCUGUAACCCAUUCUACCCCCAUUGGAAAGUCAGGCUCUGCUGAUAAGUGUUGUGGUACAGGGGGACAGAGAAAUUCCCAGUCGUUCCACACCCCAAGGAGUGGUUCUAAGCACCAGCAGCACCACAACCAGGUGAAGGAGAACCAGAGGAAGUUCCAAUACGGGAACUACAACAAGUACUACGGCUACCGCAACCCAGGUGCUAGUGAAGAUUCAAGGGUGCGUUUGCUUCGUCCAGAAUGGUUUGAAGGUAAAGAGGUACUGGAUCUGGGAUGCAACUCAGGCCAUCUAACACUUUAUAUUGCCAAAGUGCUAAAACCUGCCCGCAUAUUAGGCCUGGAUAUUGACGGCGGUCUCGUACAUGCAGCCCGAAAGAACAUCAGACAUUAUCUUUCUGAGCUGCAGACCCAAGAGGCCAGACGUGCUAUGCAGGAGAAAACAUGCACUGAACAGGAGGAGAGGAAUGGAAAUGAUAGUCACACUGGCACUGAAAAGAAGCACAAUGAAGCAGAGAACAGGAAUGAAAAUGGGAAACCAGAGAAGAAAGAAAGUGUCCUUGCAGCAGCUGUAAAUGACAAUGACUCCUGUCACACAGAUGAGGCAGGGACCCAGAGGCAAAGCUGCAAAACAGAGGAAAUGGAGCAGGAAGAUUGUGAUUCAGCCACCGCUGAUCACUCUGUGAGCUGCUCUUUUCCCAUGUCCCUGCGCAUCGCCAGAGGACCCAUCGCUGCACCUCCACUAACAGAAUCAUCCAGCCCACGGCCCGGAGAGUUCCCCUCAAAUGUGUCCUUCGUCAAGGCCAACUAUGUACUGGAGAACGAUACCCUGCUUAUGACUCAGCGGCCAGAGUAUGACGUGAUCCUUUGCCUGAGUGUUACCAAAUGGGUUCAUCUGAACUGGGGAGACAGUGGCCUCAAGCGGCUCUUCAAGAGAGUCUACAGACACCUCCGUCCUGGAGGAAUGUUCAUCCUAGAGCCACAGCCGUGGAAGUCCUACGUGAGGAGGAAGAAGCUGACUGAUAAUAUCUGCAGGAAUUACCACAGCAUCCGCCUCAAACCUGACGAGUUCUCAUCAUACCUCACAACUGAGGUGGGCUUCACCAGUUUUGAGUUCCUUGGGGCCCCCAAAUGUUCAAUAAGAGGUUUUCAGAGGCCAAUCUACUUGUUUCAAAAAUGACCGCUCCUGCCUUCAUGAUCGUUGAAUGUGAGUAUCCUAAAUACAAGCCACCCAGCUGCCCUGGACUGCAAGGAACUAUCGGGAAUCCUUAACAGUUACGCCAGCGUUUCACAUGCUGAAGAUCAAAUUCACAAUGGAGAAAUGGGACCAGAAGUUUAAUUAAUUUCAUAAAGAUGAGAUCUGAUGACAAGCGGCACGUAUCAGAAUUUUCUUGGACAAUUCAUUUUUCAUUGACAUGGAACUCUAAGAGGAGUCGGUAAUGUAUAACCCUAGCCAACGAUGGAGGAUAUGCUCAUCUGAACAGUUUCUUGGACUAUCUUAGUGCUAAUGAUGACCCAGUUUGAUGGAUAGCCAUAACGUGUUUGAAUACCUGCUGCCAUUCAUCUCUACUUAUAUGACUUUAUUCUGUGAUUCCACGUUACCAUACAUUAUAUACAUAUUAGGGUUGUGAGAUCAGGAGUAAUGUUCCAGUGUGCCACCAUUGCCACUUUACCUUGGAAAUUGUCUCACAGUCAUGGUCUCCGCUCACUGCAACACUUGAGUGCAGCGAAAGGACACUGCAGUCUGUGGGUAAAUGAAGUCCCAUAUUCUCAGGGCUUCAUAUCAAAUUAUGAUUUAAAUAGGAAUGCACACAAUUUUGCUGAUUUUAAAGCAGCCAAAUAGAGAGUCAAUCCACCAUAGAGUCGUCAUAUCACAAAUAGCUGAUGUGCAGUUUUUGUCCUAUCUCCCAACCCAAAUAUGCAGUGUACUUUGUCAUUACUUUGCAAAAUAGGCCCAAGAGUUGCAAAACUGUUAAAACUCCAUAUUGUGUUAUCGAUGACCUGUGGAAAAUGGUUGGAUUAAGAGAAGAAUAUAUUCAUGACCAAUUAGAAAUGUGCACCCAAAACAACCAAAAUGAAAAAAUAUCCUGCGAAAAUGCUGCAAUUUUACUGUAUGUUGUUUCAGUGUUUUUGUGAAUUUGUAAAGGUAAUGAUGGGCAAAUUGGUAAACCUGUCACCAUAGUUAGAACCACUCUUAUUAUGGACCAUAUUAUGGCACAUAUCCACCGGCUCAACUCGACUAGCCUCAGCACGGCACGGUUAUUUUGCGUUUCCACUAGCGAUAGCACCUGCUCUGGCGAGGUUCCAAGUGAGCUGAAGCGAUCCUAUGGUCGUGUCCGACUGAGUAGGUACUAUUUUGUAGUGGAAAACCAACCUUAUCCACACUGUGCUGUGGCGAGGUGAGCUGGGACCACAGGUGGAAAAGGGGCUUUAGAUUCUGUCACUUUGAGAUUCAGUGUGGAAUAAUUAGUGGGAAUUAGUGACAUCUAAUGGUGAGAGUGCAACAAAGGGAUGUUUCGGUUUCCUCCUUCUUGGUUAUUGAUUUAUGCUUCAGAUUUAUGUGGGCGGAGACAUUCUUCCUUUCUUCAUUGUAUGAAGCUUCCUCUUCACAAUUCAAAAUGCACGUCCAUUUGGGCAACUGUAGAGACACAGUGGCACAAGAUGGUGCUUCCAUAAAGUUUGACCUUGAGUACAUAUUAAAGGCUUAUCCUAAGACUACAAAAGACAAACAUUUUCUCUUUUAUAGUGAAAGUGAUAACACGCCAUAGACAAACAGACGUGAGGGUAGCAUAUUCUGUAAUCACAUUUAUUACAGAAGUGCACAUGACGGUAACAAUUAAAAUGGCAACAUCAUAGAAAGACUUCUUGAGUUCCUCUUUAAGACGUUCUACAAGUAUAGUAAGAUUUGGAAAAGAAAACUUUGUGAAUCGUCUCAAAAUUGACAGCUACAAUUUUUUUUUUAAUUCAUGUUUAAUAAAAUAAAUAAAAUAAAAUCUUUUGGCUGUUUUGGGUGUAACUCUGUAAGCAAAAGGGCAUUUCAUGGGUUCUUCAUUUGAGGUGAACUCAGUCCAAGAUGAUUCAACGCAGAGAUGGCGAGGACUAUUUUGCAAAGUAGACCUGUGGCAUGCAGUUGUCUGUUUCCUUUUUUUAACUGACAGUUAAGCCAUACUCCUACUCGCGUGUUGUUUACAAUACCCUCCACCAGGUUCUGACUGAGAAUAUAAUUGAGAGUAAAAUUCAAGGUCAACGACUAUGAACAGAGAGCUGCUACGGUGUCUUCAGUGCUGUUUAAAUGUGGAGUCUGUUCAUCACUGCUGGACACACAUUAAUUCAAACAGCAUGAGAAUCAAUUAUUACCAUGUUGUGUUUUUUAACGUCUGUGAGAUUAAACAAAGAUGACAGUUCAAUGACUGGAAUCUAUCAUAAUGACUUCUUUUUUUCUUUUUUUUUUACCAAAUUUGAAUAUUAGUAUGCUGUUUGGAUUAAAGUGCUGCCAGAAUAAUGUAUGGGUCUUUUGCUCUUGAAUUGGACAAUAUUUCAUCAGUCUAAUGAGGAUAUGUACGAGUUGCAGGGCAUCGUUGUUUGCGAUUGUAUCUUAAUUGGUGUGCACUGAGCUCCACUCACCUACAAUGCUUUUAUUUGACUUGGCGAGGACUGAAAAUCUUUCUUUUUUUUGUGACUGAUGACAUUUGGCACACAAGGUCAUGAGAGGAUGGUGAUGUAUGUUUCUAUUUUAGUAUGAGAUCAAUGUAAAGGAGUUUAAAGAUUUUUGUUUUACUGUUGUUAAUAUUUAGUUCAAGACUGCUUUUGUCAUUUCUUUUUCCAGUGGAUUUGUUUUUGUUAUGUUUUCAAACGUUUGUUGCCAAUCUGCGAGUAAGUCACAGGUCAGAGUUUUUGUCUGCUGAAACAGAUCAGUAAUUCAGUUCUGGAACAACACAUGUGCAAAGUAUGUGCAUCGCAGAGUUCUGAUGUGUUUGCUUUUUUCUGUCCUGGCAGGCACAUGCAUUGUUAAAUUAGCUUUUUUGUUUUUAUUUGAAAAGACUGUUUGUGUCGAUGCACUUUCAUUUCACCUUGUUUGACAUGUGCGACUUUUUAAAAAAACAUUCUUAAAGAUUCAGAUUUGCAUAUGUUUUUCUGUCUGACUUUUUAUUACAAAUUGUGGGACACUGAUUAACCUAUGAAAAUGAAGUCUCAGGUUACGCUUUGAAUUGAAAGUGAAUUAGCCGCAGCCUCCGUUGUCCCAACAGACACAGCCCCUAAUCACACCUUUCUCCUAAGCUACGACAAUCUGAUUCUUAGGCUUCGAUCAGCCCACUGCUGUUAUUUUAAGGGCAUUUUCCUUUUUUGCAUUAACAAUUUUUUCCUUUUUUGUAGGUUAAACAAUAAGCAUUUUUGUUUGAAUUGGUUAAAAGCUCAUUUGUGUUUUUGCCACUAAUGUUAAAGAUUGCACCUUACUGUCUCAGCAGCCUACUCAGAACCAUGUGAGCCUGACUUGUGAGUCCAGGCAUUAAAGCUAAAGCAUGUCUUUUGGAGGUGUGAAAUUACAUGUUGUGUAUCGUGUGCUGUAUAAACAUUUUGUACUUCCCUUGAAGUCUU